AUGGAGUCGAUGGAGGACGAGGUCUCUGUGGUUGAUGAAGAGCCGGAUGAUGGUGAAGUUGUCGUCGUCGUCAACACGACCACAGAGGACACAGUCACAACGGACGUGGCAGGCACCUCAGGGUUGACGGCGUCUGCAUCGUCCGAUGAUGAGGGCAGUAGACUCGACGAUGAUGUUGGCGUCAAUGCUGCUAAUGAUGAUGUUGUCGUGGGCGCCUCGGUGGUCAGACGAAGCGUAGGCGCAGUCGUACUCGACAGGGCUAAGGGUGUGGGUGUAUCCUCCUCCUGGACCGUCAUCAUCAUUUUCGUCGUCGUCGUCGUCGUCGUCGUCGCCGCCGUCGCCGCCGCCGACUAUUGGUUCGUCGUCCCGUGA